AUGGCGGCGGGGCCCGGCUGUGGCGCCUCCUCGGUGCACUGGUUCCGCAAAGGGCUGCGGCUCCACGACAACCCGGCGCUGCAGGCGGCCCUGCGCGGGGCGCGCUCAGUACGCUGCGUCUACAUCCUGGACCCCUGGUUCGCCGCCUCCUCCUCCGUGGGCAUCAACCGCUGGAGGUUCCUGCUCCAGUCUCUGGAAGAUUUGGACACCAGUUUGAGGAAACUCAAUUCCCGCCUGUUUGUGGUCCGGGGACAACCGACUGAUGUGUUCCCGAGGCUUUUCAAGGAAUGGGGUGUGACCCGCCUGACCUUCGAAUACGACUCGGAGCCCUUCGGGAAGGAGCGGGACGCCGCCAUCGUCAAGAUGGCCAAGGAGGCUGGCGUGGAGGUGGUGACGGAGAAUUCUCACACGCUCUAUGACUUGGACAGAAUCAUCGAGCUGAAUGGCCAGAAGCCACCCCUGACCUACAAGCGCUUCCAGGCCAUCAUCAGCCGCAUGGAGCUGCCCAAGAAGCCGGUGAGCUGUGUGACGAGCCAGCAGAUGGAGGGCUGCAAAGCAGAGAUCCAGGACAACCACGACGACACUUACAGCGUGCCCUCCCUGGAAGAGCUGGGGUUCCCCACAGAUGGUCUCGGCCCAGCCGUUUGGCAAGGAGGAGAAACCGAAGCCCUAGCCCGGCUAGACAAGCACUUGGAAAGGAAGGCCUGGGUGGCCAAUUAUGAGAGGCCGAGGAUGAAUGCCAACUCUCUGCUGGCCAGCCCCACCGGACUCAGCCCCUACCUACGCUUCGGUUGCCUCUCCUGCCGCCUUUUCUACUACCGCCUCUGGGACCUGUAUAAGAAGGUGAAACGGAACAGCACGCCUCCCCUCUCCCUGUACGGGCAGCUCCUCUGGCGUGAGUUUUUCUACACCGCAGCCACCAACAACCCCAGGUUUGAUCGGAUGGAGGGGAACCCCAUCUGCAUCCAGAUCCCCUGGGACCGCAACCCGGAAGCCUUGGCCAAAUGGGCAGAGGGCAAGACGGGCUUCCCCUGGAUUGACGCCAUCAUGACCCAACUGAGGCAGGAGGGCUGGAUCCACCAUCUGGCCAGGCACGCCGUGGCCUGCUUCCUCACCCGAGGGGACCUCUGGGUCAGCUGGGAGAGCGGCGUCCGGGUGUUCGACGAGCUGCUCCUGGAUGCGGACUUCAGUGUGAAUGCGGGCAGUUGGAUGUGGUUGUCCUGCAGCGCUUUCUUCCAGCAGUUUUUCCAUUGCUAUUGCCCCGUGGGCUUCGGCCGGCGCACCGACCCCAGCGGAGACUUCAUCAGGCGGUACUUGCCCAAACUGAAGGCGUUCCCCUCGCGCUACAUCUACGAGCCCUGGAACGCCCCUGAGUCAGUUCAGAAGGCGGCCAAGUGCGUCAUCGGGGUCGACUACCCCCGGCCCAUCGUCAACCAUGCCGAGACCAGCCGGCUCAACAUCGAGCGCAUGAAGCAGAUCUAUCAGCAGCUCUCCCGCUACCGGGGUCUCUGCUUACUGGCCUCCGUCCCCUCCUGUAUGGAAGACCUCAGUAGUGCCGUGGCAGAGUCCGGCCUGGGCCAGGCCAGCGGCAGCAGCUCCAGCACAGCCCCCAGGCCGCUGCCGCUGCCUUACGGCCCCACUUCGCCCAAGCGCAAGCUGGAAGCAGCCGAGGAACUGCCCGGCGAAGAACUCUGCAAACGACCCAAAGUGUCAGGAAGGCCCGGCCCAGAGCUGCCCAGCAAGGACGCUUGAGGCUGAAGUGGCUCAGAGCUUCAUGAAGGAAGAGCGGGUGCUGGGGCGGCAGCCAUGGCAGCAGAGUCACUGACCUUUAAAAGGGACAAUCACUGAAGAGGCAGACAAAUGGUGGGAGGCCUGGAGUGGGAGAGUGUGUGUAAGACGCGGAUGGGGGAUGAAGAGGAAGGGGUUGGGG